CCCACUCCAUUGUCUAUCAUAUAUAUAGUAACACGGAUGAAACUUAGAGAGGAGUGAAAGGUGACAGACCGUUGCAGUCAAAGGCCUGGGAUCUCUAGAAACGCACCGGGUCGUAUCAGUCAGAAAGUGUCCCCGUGGGAGAAGGAUGAACUGUAGUCAGGUCGUCGUUUUAAUUUUGAUGGUGUGGACGGAGUUCACGUCAGCGGCGCUUUGGACGCUAGAGGCCGAGGACUCGAAAGGUCAACAUAUCAGAAACUACAGAUCAAAAGCAUCUGGGUAUCAGUCUGUCCUCCUCUACCAGGGGAGCUCCAUAUUAUUAUCGAUCUGUUUCAUUCAGACGACAAACCUAACUGUCAAAGAUGUUGUCUUUUCCAACGAUGGUCACUCUGACAACGUCAGCGUCGGCAUGGACAACUUUGCCAUUGGCUCUUUCCGGACACGAAGACAUGACACUGGCGGCCAAUCCUGGAACAUAUUUUAUCAUUCUGGUGAACUCGGAAGUACAAUAGUUACUGGUGGGAUGCAUCGAUUGAGCAUAUAUGCUAAUGAUACUGAUCGUUGGGGCCUCGAAAUUGAUAAAAUUGUGAUAGAAAUAGCGGAUGAUCAUCUUAAUUCGGACAUUCUGCAUUGUAGACUGCCAUGUUCUCAGGAUACCCCUGUGCUUAAAAACCCACAGCAAGAGUCAGUAUCAGAAGGUUAUAUCACUCAGAAAAGUUAUCCAACAGCAUGCGCUGAGGAGGAUAACGUACAUAUCCCCGUGUUUCAUGAAUCUGUCAGUGAAUACACCAUCAGUGCAACCUUACCAAUGUACCAUUCCUUCAGAAAUGACGCUUAUCAAGAUUUUGAAAAUUGCUCCUUUGCUCAAGCAGUGUUCUGGAACUAUACCAGUGUGAACCUCAAGUCCAUUCUCAACCGCACGGACCCGAACACUCUUAGUGUGUUAGGCUCACAUGUUAACAGCCACGGUAUUGCAACAAUUCAUCUUGGUCUUUUAUUCUACCUUGACACACCAAAAGAGGGAGUGUUUAAUUCUGAGAUGGGUGGAGUUAUCUCCUUGUCUUUAAGUGGCAUCAUGGAUGUUGCUACGGUCACAGUUCUCUGCCGGGGAAAGUUUAACAGGUACACAACUUUACAAACGUACCAGUUUACAAACGCAUCUCAUACCUUUGAAUGGCAAGUUCCUGAUUUUAUCUUGGGUGCAAAUGCAAAUCACGUCAUCUUGGUAAUCGUAACAAGUCACCCAGAAACUAUUUCUAUAAACCAUUUUUACUUCCAAAGACGGGACUUUGAAGGCGAUAGAAUGUUUGAAAUCUAUAAAGAAGACAUUAUUAUUGAAGGUCUGCAUGUGGAUUUCUGGUGGCAGCAAAAUACAACGAUGGAGGUGACUUUGUCAACGACUUCUCAGUCAUGGACUGCCCAUUAUAUACGAUUCUAUGUCCCGGUUCCAUGGUCAAAUAAUGGCUGGUGCCAGAUAAUGGUUCUCUAUCAAGAUGGAAAUGUUCGUUUACUUCCAAUGACACCACCAGGAGCUUCAUGGAUACCUUUCGGAUCUUCAGUGCUGAUUGGUCAAACGGACAAAACAAUGAGGCCAAGUGCUCCAAUUUCCAAAGUAACAAUUGACCCAAGAUAUCUCACCCUUGACGUUGUGUAUGCCGACGGUGGCACGGCGAGUAUGACCCUCCUCCCUCUUGUUGAGCGGACAGAACUACGUGUCACCAACAUCAACAUGGCCAGGGACACGACGACCAACCCCUUUGCAACGUUCCGAUCGAUGUACGUUGAAGGUGGCAACGCCGACUCUGACAGCGUAGCCUCGGACACUCAGAGCGCUGUACACGUGAUGGAAAACUGGGGAAACAUUACGGGAACGGUGUUCGGAAUAUUUCGUCGGUGUCAGUCCACUCAUCUUACUCAGAGUCCAGAUUUGAAUCUGAGGAUCGUUAAAACCUGAAGUGGUUUUAAAUCAUCGGAACUAAAUGUUAAAUGUGGAGACUAUACCCAUAAAUCUUGAACUUGUUUAAAAGAUUUAUAUGGCUAUGUACAAUGAUUUUUUCUGUAUUUUCCGACCCAUCAAAUAUUAAGAGUAAUUUCAUUUGAAAGUGCAAAAAGGAAAUGUGGAAAAACAACAUUCAGAAUCGGACAAUAACAAAUUUUACCCAGCAUAGAUACUAUACCCGUAAGGAAUGAGUUCUCCAUCCAUUUUCCACCCAUUUGUAGAAUUAGUUUAAUCGUAAUGUUUAUCAGAUGUAAUUUUGUAAUAUUCCGAUGCUUUUAAAUUAAUGAUCGUGUGGAUAUGCUCUCAUUACGUAGACAGGUAUGUCAUUAUUUCGUUUCCGGUACAUGCUGAUUACGUAGUGUUGUAUAAAACAAUCGUUAUUUUAGUACAGUCAAAAACCGUUGUGUCGAACUUUGAUAUGUCAAGCGUACGGUUGUCUUGAAUAAAAGCCCUGAUUAUUCCUUCUUUGGUCAUCAUUAUCGGAUGUGUCGAACCUUGCAUAACUCGAAAUAUUUCAACUUCGACAUUGAUUAGUAUAUGUAUUUAUGUCAUCGCGUUGUAACUUUGUACAGUAUCACAUCCGGGGUUUAUUUUUAUUUUUAUCUUCGACCUAAAUCUUUGUAGAUGCUCCUAAACGAAGGAAAAGUACUACAUAUAAGUUAUGCUUCUAUUCGACAUGUGUUGAUAAUCCUUUAUGAUAAAUGUUAUUGAUAGUUAUUUUAAGACGUAAAUUUGUGAGCUGUUUGAAUUCAAAACAAUACUCAGACAGUAAACGUUGGAUUAAGUUUCUUUUCACGGUUUAUAUAUGUAAAUGAUAAUUUUCAUUUACAGUAAAUAUAUAUUUUUAAAAGAAAAGCCCUCAGAUAUGAAAUACUUUAAAUGUGGACAUAUAAAACACAUAUAACUGUGCUCGCCACUCCUAUAAACGAAGCAAAGCAGAUGGUUUAUACCUCAUAAUUCAAAUUACUUUCAACUUCUAGAAUGACAAGCAAGUGUGUCAUUUUCUUGAAAGAGUGUGGGUAACAGUUUAAUUCAAAACCGAUAGACCAAACGUCAUUCAUACAAUGCUAUGAUGUUGUAUAUAACGCCUGUGGUACAUGUUCUUUUGAUACGGCAUUAUGAAUGAACAAGGAUAGAUUAAAGGAAACUCCAUUUUAGGAGUAUUAGAACUUAAGAAGUGAGUGAGUGAGUAUGAUUUUACGCCGCUUUUAGCAAUAUCCAAGCAAUAUCACAGAAAUGGGCUUCACACAUUGUACCCAUAUGAGGAAUCGAAUCCGGGUCUUUGGCGUGACGCGCGAACGCUUUUACCAGUAGGCUACCCCACCGCCCCCUCGAAACCUACGUCUUGGACAAGUAGUACAAAUUGAGUUUAUAUAGUAAGACGGCAUGUGUAGUUUUCAUCGUCGACUGAGGUGAGGUUGCAGAGGAAGUAUGAUUUAUGUUUUUGGUACAUGAGAUGCGUUUGCAUCGUCUAGUGGUUAACUCUUCACGUUGAAGAUUCAGGUUCGUAUCAUUAUGGGUACAAUGAGUUAUACUUCUUUGCCCGCCAUCGUAAAGCUGGAGUAUUGUUAAAAGCGGCAUUAAACCCUACUCACUCACUCGUUUAUUUAAUUUACCCUUUUGCAACAACGUCAUAAAAUUUGCCCCGGAAGUUGACCAAGAACCGUAGCCCAUCACAACAUCCAAGGCGAAAAAAUUUAAUUAAUUUUGUUCCAAAUUUUAAAUCGAUUCAGUAAUGUUUGUUGCGUUCUUUAGGCUGCGGGGGUGCAGCUAUUCAACUGGUUCAGUCGGUAUGUUACAUUUGGCAACGUUUGGCCACAUUUCGGUUACAUAGCCUCUGGAGUGCAUUUGCAUAUUGAAGUUUUUACAAUCUCGUAUUUCAUGUCACGUCAUGGUUAGAUGUUGCUGAUUACUUUGUACUUAUUGCGUUUUUAUGUA